ACUCAGUAUUUCCAGAAGAAAAGAUUAAAGGGGAAUUAUCAAGAACAGCUUUUUUUUUGAAUAGUAAAAAAUAAAAUGGCCACAACCUUGGCUCUUCAGACUGAGCUGAUCCAGGGAGGACUUCUGGCAGUGAAGGUAAAGGAAGAAGAAAAGGACCGUGCCUGUGGGCGAGAAUCUGGCCUGUCAAAAAGUAACCUUCAUACCAGAGAGUUCUUCCGUAGACGCUUCAGGCAGUUCUGUUAUCAGGAGACCACUGGUCCCCGGGAAGCUCUUCAGAGACUCCAGGAGCUCUGCCAUCAGUGGCUGCGGCCUGAGAUGCACAGCAAGGAGCAGAUCCUGGAGCUGCUGGUGCUGGAGCAGUUUCUGACAAUCCUGCCUGAUGACCUGCAGGCCUGGGUGAGAGAGCACCACCCUAUGAAUGGAGAUGAGGCAGUGGCUGUGCUGGAGGAUUUGGAGAGAGAGCUGGAUGAACCAGGAGAGCAGGUCCCAAGUCAUGCUCAUAAACAGGAAAUAUUUGUAACACAGAAGGCAACUCAAGGAGCAGCCCAGGAGUCAUCAAGUGGCCAAUUCCAAAUCUUGGAAAAGAAGCUGCAGUGUAACUUACCAGAGGCGUGCCCUGUUCAAGACAUUGAUGGUAAGGCUGGUAACUGGAAUGUGGAGUUAGCUUCUGCAAAAGAACUUUCUAAAGAAAUGAAAUCUCUCAUAGAAGUACCUGGAAAACUUAACAGUGAUGUUACUAAAGUGUCAGAAUGUAGAGACACCUGUGACCACGAGGACAAAUUGGAAAGGCAACGGGUAAACUCUUCAAUAGAGAGACCCUAUAUCUGUGGUGAAUGUGGAAAAAGCUUUACCCAGAAUUCUAUCCUUAUCGAGCACCAGAGGACACACACAGGUGAGAAACCCUAUGAAUGUGAUGAGUGCGGGAGGGCCUUUAGCCAGCGGUCAGGCCUGUUCCAGCACCAGAGACUUCACACUGGGGAGAAGCGCUACCAGUGCAGUGUCUGUGGUAAAGCCUUCAGCCAGAAUGCUGGGCUUUUCCAUCACCUCAGAAUCCACACUGGAGAAAAGCCUUAUCAGUGCAAUCAGUGCAGCAAGAAUUUUAGUCGACGUUCUGUCCUCACUAAGCAUCAGAGAAUUCACACUGGAGAGAGACCUUAUGAAUGUGAAGAGUGUGGCAAGAACUUCAUUUACCAUUGCAACCUCAUUCAGCAUCGGAAAGUCCACCCUAUCACUGAACUGAGGUAGCUUCUUGGAAUAGGGAAGGCAAAAUUUCCUGAAGUCAGACCACUAAGAAAGGUAGCAAGGGUACUGUUUCUUAUUUUGUCCCUGAGAGAACAAUAACAGUUUAAUCAUUUAACAUAGAAAGUUAAAGGGAAAGCCAGUGAACAUACCCUUGUUUUUCUACUGAAAGAAGCAUACUAAUAUCUUACACACAUCUGUCAAGUUCUCUGUUGACAGUGACAUAUACAUACAGCUUUGCAAUGCUGAAUAUUGCUGUUUGUGUUGGCUUCAUAAUAAUAUAUACUUUAGAUCUAGUGUCAUAUACUUGUGCAAGAAGUUUUCUGGGUAUACUUUAGGAAAACUACUUCAUCCAAAAAUCAUAUGCAGUCUGAGUAUAAAAUAAUUUGAAUCAAUUCACUGAAUAUUUACAAACUAAUUAAAAAAUAAUAGUAUUAAAAUCUGUAAUCUGCCUUUUAACCUUAUAGCAUGGGGCACACAGAUAUAAAUGCACAAACGUUUCUCCCUAUAGAUUUUCAAUAACUGGUUUCAUUCAGGAACCAAAGAACCAAAGUAUAAGAGGUACACAUUAUAGCAGCCCAGUGUUCAGUGAUAACUACAAUUGCUCAUGAUUUUAAAUUUGUAAGAAACUUAGCUAAAAUUCUGAUAUAUCAUUUUCAGAUUUUUGUUUUAAAAAUAUUGGCCUCUGCAUUUUUCCUAUGACAUGAUGAAUGUUGUCAGUUUUUAUAUUUUCUUCUAUAUUUAAUAAUUUAUAUGGAAAUUUCACAUAUUACAAGAAUAGAUAGAAGAGUAUGCUUACUCAUCCAUACUGAUUUUUUUUUUAAUUGCUAGGAAUCAAACUCAGAGCCUAUCACAUGCUAGACAAGUAUGCUACCACUGAGCUAUAUCCCCAUCCUUCUUGAUUGCUUUUUGUAACUUCCAUAUUUCUUGGCAUUGCCUAUUGAUUACCAUCAAAGUCAUAUAUACAAAAAUUUCUUUCCCUUAAUGUUGAUUAACUAUUUAUAAAGAUUUAUACUAAGCCCAGGAGACAAAGAAACAGAAAACUUGUGGUGAUAGUAGUCUAUAUUAGAAGACCAAAUACACAACAGGUAACUUAAGAAUAAUAGAAUCAUAGGAAGGGACCAUGCAGAGCACUUCCACAUGCCCUUAUUUGACAGAUAGGGAAAAGGAGGCUCUGGGAAGUAAUUGUCUAAGAUCAUAUAAACAGUGCUCAGCAGAGCUGAAACUUGUCUCCUAAUUCCUAGUGCAAUGUUUUGUUUUGUUUUCCUGCUAAGGCACUAGAGGCAUUAUAUCACCAAAGAGAAGUUUCAAGAAUAUGGAAUUUAUAGGAUUUUUUAAGUUACUGAGAUUUUGCUUUAUAUCUCAACAAACCCUUCCAUAUAUGUUUCAAUAAAAACAGUUCCUUGGGCUGGGGUUGUGGUUCAGUGGCAGAGUACUCGGCAUGUGUGAGGCCCUGGGUUCGACCCUCAGCACCACAUGAAAACAAAUAAAUAAAAUAAAGGUAUUGUGUCCAAAUACAACUAAAAAAUAAAUACUAAAAAAAAAAAAAAAAAAAAAAAUCAGUUCCUCUACUUAAUUUAUAGGGCAAUCCAGGAAAGAUUCCUCCCACUUAACCUCAUUUGAGGCACUUUUUUUUAAAAAAAGAUGAUUCAUUUUUUACCCGGUUCAAAAAUCAAAACAAUAUAAAAAUGCUCCCCUCUUUCUUUUUAUAGUUAGCCAUUUUACUAGUUUUGUAUGUCUCUUUCCAUGUUUCUUUAUGUAAAUAUUUCCUCAAUUACAGAAGGAUGGCAUAUUAUUUAUACUCUUCUAUACCUUGAUAUUUUCAUGAAUGUACUCUUUAGAGAUUUUCACAUUAUAACAAAGUGAAUACUAUUUCACUUGCUGGUAGUUUAACAAACUACAUGAAAAAUCACUAUUUUAACAUGUAACAUAUUUGGUUUCAUUCUUCUUCCCUAUUUAGUCAAAGCCCAAUUCUUUCUUUUCAAAAGCAAGUGACUUUUACAUAAGCUAAGAAACAGAUUCUGGGCAUCUGGAAUUGCACAGUUCUUCAAGAGAGAAAUGGAAGAAGUUAUGGGUGGUGUUCUUCAAUUUCAUUCAACUGAUUUGUGUCACUACUUGUAGCUAAUUAUCAAAAAUCUUAAAUUUCCUCUAGAGAACAUUUGAUUGUGUCUUGAGGUUAAGUUAUUUCCAAGAGAAAUACAUAAGGAAAAUAUAGUAGACUUCAGUAUGAAUUAAAAUCAAUUUCAUAGUAAAUAUGUAUUCUGUAAAUUGAUACAACUAUACUAUAACACCCUGGGUUGAUAAGCUUCUUAAAUGUCUCUCCACAUAUUGAAGCAACAUGUUUGGAUAAUUCCAUUACAUCAGCUCUUAAAAUAUGAACAUAUAAGGUCUUCAAAGAAUGUAUUUCUAUAUGGAGUAAUUUUUUUUUACACCUACAACUGAAUAAUGGAUAUUUGGUUUGUUCUGUGCUUGCUUUUUUCACAGCUUCUCAAAAAUUCUCAUUUUUCUCAACUGGCAAAAGGUGUUGUAUAUGCUGUAAAGACAUACCACUUAAAAUUCAGUGAUCUUUAUUAUGAUUAAAAUAACCGACUGUUUGCAAAACUACCUCCCCUUGUUUUCUGAUACUAAUUAUGCUAAUACAUUCCUCAUUAGUUGAGUAAUAUUUAACUUAACAAUGAUAUGUAGACCCUGGCUGCUUCUGUGAUUAUUCUAGUUCUUCCUGGCCAGAAAUUCUUAGUUGCUUCCCUUUCAUAUUUCUAAAUAUUUAUCACCUUUCUGUUUUCCUUUUUCCAUCCUGGCUUCUCCUCCACUCCCCCAACCCAUGAAGUCUCUAGCUUUGGUCUCCUUUCAGUAUCCACUCUCUUUUAUACAGCCUAAAAGAGAAUAGUAGUCAAAAGUUUUAUGGCUGAGCCAAGAAUAGAAAAUAUUGAUUCAAAUCCAAUUAAAUUCGUUUAUUGGUUCUUGAGGAUAAUACUGCACUCCUUUGAGGACUGUUCAGAACUGUGGAUACUGUGCAUCAGGAAAAGGUUGAAAAUCUUGCAACCCAAAUCUGCCAAGAAUCUUGAAGACUCUCUUAUUAUAAUUUUGAUUUCAAGGUCAGGGCUACAGGAGUAUCAAAUUCUGUUUAUAUUUUAUAUUUGGAAAUGACUCCUGUUUUCUAUAGUGGAUAUUUUCCCUUUAAAAAAUAAUUUAUAGAAGAUUGCUUUAUACCUUUCCAAAAGACAAAAAUUACCUCUAAGGAAAUUUUAAAAUAAAAAGUACAUCUAAAGUAAAAGCUAUAAAAUAUGAAAUGUGAAGGUACUUUGAAAUAUAAAAUAUGUGCCAGUAUACGUAUGUCAUUGGUUAAAUGUUGAUCUAGUAAUUGAGAGAAAAGUAGAUUCUCUGCAGGAGACUGAGGGGAGAGAAAGGGUUUUAGGCCGAAAGGUAACAGGGUAUGAGGCAAGGCCCAUCCAAGAUAAGCUCAAGAACUAGGAGUUCUCUGGACAGAACUCAAGAGUGGAGAAGGUAGGUGGAAGCCAUAUUAAGAGGUCCUUGGCUAAAUUGCAUUUGAGUUUAAUCCAUGUUUGGUAAGAGAAUAUUUGCUUAAAAGAUUUUUUUUUUUUUUGGAAUUUAACCCAUUUCAUACCUGCAUGAGAAAAGUGGAGCC